UGGCGCGGCAUCGUGUGGCUCUAUUCCGCGACGACGCGAUCUGCAGAUACUGUGGCUGCCGAAGCAGCCUGAAGUGUGUGUGUCCGGAACUCGGAGAAGCGCCUCUUUGCCCAGUUUUGGUGUCAUCCAGCUGAUUCGUGGAAGCACUCCCAAGGUGUCCCCUGAAUGCCACAAUCGCCGCGCUGUUUUUGGUGGUCAGUGUGUGAGUGGCAUAGCAAAGCAGGAUAAUAUCAUCUGCGGUGAAAAUUCUCUUCUGCGUUUCGCGACAACGACGCACAAUCCUGUGAACUCCGCAGAAGCUAAAAAAAACGCCAAAUAGUCACCUCAAACAUGUGAUUUUGGACGCAGACUCUCCGUUCAGUUGUACUUAGUUUGAUGUAAAGCUCCAAAGUGUGUUCCCGAGUGAGGAGUUAUAGUGAAAUUUAUAUUCUAAAAGCAUCAGGCGAGAGACAGAGCGAUGGCCGAGGAUCAGUCAAUUGUGGACAAGGAGGAUUCCCGCCCAAUCGAAAUCAUCCCAAUGAACUCAUCGGCCGGCGCUUCAUAUCAUCCCACACAUCAUCACAAUCAUCUUCAGAAUCCACCAGGAGGACCGCCGAUUCUCGUGGAGAACCUCAAGAAUGGCUCCCUCAAUAGUUUAUGCGACCAAAAUAAUCUCUGCAAUGGCUCAGUGGUGAACACGCCGGGACACCAACUGGUGAGGAAGGUGCACAACCAGAGUCCCAAUGGGCAGAAGAAGCCCAUGGUGACGCUGACACACUUGCCCAAUAGACCACCUGUCGAUAUUGAAUUCAACGACAUCUCUUAUUCCGUCUCCGAGGGCCGCAAGCGGGGCUUCAAGACCAUCCUCAAGGCGGUCAAUGGAAAGUUCAAGUCUGGCCUCUUGACUGCCAUCAUGGGGCCCUCGGGUGCCGGCAAGAGCACCCUAAUGAACAUCUUGGCAGGAUACAAAACUUCCCACCUAAGCGGAACUGUGAUGAUAAAUGGGAAGGAGAGGAAUCUGAGGCGUUUCCGGAAGCUCUCCUGCUACAUUAUGCAGGACGAUCGCCUGCUGCCAUACAUCACAGUGCGAGAAGCGAUGAUGAUCUCGGCAAAUUUGAAGCUGGGCAAAGACAUGACAGUGGCCGUAAAGAGGGUGGUCGUGGAGGAAAUCAUCGAGACUCUGGGCCUAGUUGAGUGCAGCAACACUCUCACGCUGAACUUGUCCGGAGGACAGCGAAAACGCCUGUCGAUCGCUCUGGAGCUGGUUAACAAUCCUCCCGUGAUGUUCUUCGACGAGCCUACAAGUGGCCUGGACAGUUCCACGUGCUUUCAGUUGAUAUCUUUGCUGAAGAACUUGGCCAGAGGCGGUAGAACCGUGGUCUGCACAAUUCAUCAGCCCUCGGCGAGGCUCUUCGAGAUGUUCGACCAUCUGUACAUGCUGGCCGAGGGUCAGUGCAUCUACAAGGGAUCCGUUCGGGGGCUGGUCCCCUUCCUGUCGGAUCUCGGAUUCGACUGUCCCAGUUACCACAACCCAGCUGACUACGUGAUGGAAGUGGCUUGCGGUGAUUAUGGUGAGUGUCUGCACAAGCUCGUGAUGGCCGUGAAAAAUGGCAAGUGUGCCAACUACAUGACUUCGUCGUCCAACGAAAAGUUAAUUGGCAACGGCAGCAAUGGCAUUGCCAAUGACAUCUCCAAGCCGCACAACUCCUCAGCCCUCCGCCCCGACGUCCAGGAGACGUCACUGACCAAGUUCCCACCCUCCAAAUCCGACUACACCGCCAUUUCGAUGCCCAGCGAGGAGGGCACCGCCAAGAGCACAGCGCCCACGACUCCGGGCGCCACAUGCACCACAUCUCUGCUCGACUCGAGCGAGAGCGUCGUGGCGCUGCCCUAUAAGGCGGGCUUUCCCACAUCCGGCUGGAUGCAGUUCUGGAUCCUCCUCAAGCGCACCUUCCUCACUAUCAUGCGCGACCAGCAAUUGACGCAUAUGAGACUGCUUUCGCACGUAAUUGUGGGCACUAUCAUCGGCAUGAUCUACUACGAUAUUGGCAAUGAGGCAUCCAAAGUCAUGAGCAACGCGGGAUGUGUCUUCUUCACAGUACUCUUCACCAUGUUCACAGCAAUGAUGCCCACUAUUCUCACAUUCCCCACUGAGAUGGCGGUUUUCGUGCGGGAACACCUCAACUACUGGUACUCACUGAAGGCGUUCUACUUCGCCAAGACCAUGGCAGACCUGCCCUUCCAAAUACUCUUCUCCAGCGUCUACGUGGGCGUCGUGUACUACCUCACGUCGCAGCCGAUGGAAUGGACGCGGGUCACGAUGUUCGUGCUCAUUUGCCUCCUCACAUCGCUCGUGGCUCAGAGUCUGGGACUGCUGAUGGGCGCCGGUCUGAGCGUGGAGCUGGGAGUGUUCCUCGGGCCCGUGUCCACUAUUCCAACAAUACUCUUUUCCGGCUUCUUCGUCAACCUGGACACCAUUCCCGGCUAUCUGCAGUGGGUGACGUACGUCAGCUAUGUUCGUUAUGGAUUUGAAGGUGCUAUGAUUGCCGUUUACGGAAUGGACCGCGAGAAGAUGCAGUGCUCAGAGAUGUAUUGCCACUUCAGGAGCCCGAAGAAAUUCCUCGAGGAGAUGUCAAUGGAGAAGGCAGAGUUCUGGAUCGACGCCACGGCGCUCAUUGGCAUAUUCAUAGCGCUGCGGAUUGUGGCAUAUUUUGUACUCCGCUGGAAAAUACAUUCCAUCCGCUAAGAAUCAAUUAAUAAUCAACAAUUUUCUUACAAAAAGUUUAACAUGCAGUAAAAUUGACUUCUCCGUGGUAUACAUUGUAGUGUGUAGAAUUGUUUACCUAUAAAUAAUCAUAGCUGAUAAAAUAUCCUGACGUAGGAGGUAAAAUAAUCACACAAAUAUCGCUGCAUUGUAGAUGACGUGAGAAGGGAUUCGGAUAUUGCUGUCCCUCUUCUCGAUAAUUACAUGUCAAGUUUGUUAUGCCGAAUGGACUGUCACGAAGGGUGGAAUCACAUCUUGUUUUGGUCAAUAUUUUAUUAGUGAGAAUUCUAUAUUUAUUGGAUAACAACUUAAGAUUGAAUUAGAGAAUACGUAUAUUUUGUACGUCACUACCUUUUGAUAUUAUAAUUAGAAUUUAGACUUGAUGGAUUUAUUCUGUAAACAUGGAUAGAGAGACAAUGCAUUAUUUAGCAGAUAUUAUUGACAAAAUAUUCAUACUAUCGAAUGCAUGAAUACUGCAGUUUUUGCAAUCAAUCGUAUAAAAUAUUUAGGGAUUGCCCUCAAGUAGUUUGAUGGAAAUUUUUGUCGCAUGAAAGUACGGAGAAUCCCAAAGUAUAUCAUGUAGACUUUUAUAUGUUCAUUUUUUGGAAAUUGCACAAAAAUGCUCCAUUGAAUAUUUCAUUCAGUGUAAUGAAGCUUUCACAAUUUAGUGACAAAAUGGAACCUAUUGUACUAUUAAACAGUGCGAUUAAGCAGUCAAAAAAUGUAUGCAAUAGAAGGUGAAAAAAAAGAAGUCAAAGAACAACGGAAAACUUAAGCAAACUUUUUCAUUAUUGUGAUAAUUACAGUAUUUAGGAGUUUUAACAUGAAUACAGCUCGAAAAAAUGAUGCAAAUACCAAACGAUAUAAAUAACCUUUUCUUCUUUCCACCAAAAAAAUGUACGUUUAGUAUAAUUGUGUAAUUUCCAUUUUUUAGAUGCUCAUUGAACAAUCUUACUCAGCCAGAAUUACGGAUAAUUUAAGCAAUAGCAUAAUACUAUAAAUUUAUUGUAAAUUUAUUUAACUUCACUCACUCCCUUUCCAUUACAAAAGGGGUUGAAUUUUAGCCAAUGAACCUUUUAAAUAUUCGCUGAGAAAAGGCAAAAACAAAAAAGUUGACGAGGCAAGAAUAAAAUCAAUUUUGUGAUAAUUAAAUAGUGAAAUAAUAGAGCAGAAGAGGGGAGAAAGUAACAAUGGAUCUCGAUAGCACACACCCUUUUGUUGUCCCCUAAAAACCCAAGUUCACGAGCGAAAAUGGAAAAUAUUCAAAUAGUGUGGUGAAAAUAGCCCAGAAAGGUUUUCAUUUGGUGAAAAAAGAUCAAUAAAUCAAGUGAGUAAAUCAUGCAUUAUUGGA